GGAACCAUUUGUUAGAGGACAUCGAUUGGAACCUAAUCAAACAUCGCUUCAUUGUUGGUACAAACCUUCUCUGAGAACCUGGCCAUUAAAAUCACUUAAGCGGAUUACUUAUGGUUUUAGCUACCUUUAUCGAGGUCAGAUGAAAGGAUUGAGGAAGAACGGCAUUAUGAUCCCGUCUCCAAGGAGCGGUGAUUACCGCAGCUUCCUCAACCUCCUACCUCCGUACCCCCUGUUCAUCGAGUUCAUUCAUGUGCAAUCUAUCAAUUUCAGUGAUAACUUUCAUAUGCUCAAAAACAUGAAGCUCAGGUCUGGUUAUUUUCUAUUUGUGUUAAACCGAAGACAAACUUUGUGUGGAAUUCUUAAUCUCCAUGGCCGAGGCUUUCAUGCAAGAGAGGAUCCACCUGUUCUGUUACGGUUUUACACCCAUCACUUGCGAACCCUGGUUUAUGCUUCAUCUAAAGUCUUGAGGUAUGUGUUUAUAAGCUUAAAGAUCUUUGGUCUAAUGCUCUUGAACCCUUCCUGUGAGAGAUUUGAUGGUGGCUUUGGAAGCUUGUCCAAUGACCAUUCUCCAUCAAACUCUUCUGACGACUUCAAGCCAUACACCCUCCACACCACUUCCAAUUGCUAUGUUUUGCCUAAGCUCAAUUCCCACUAUACGACAGCUCUAGCAAACAACUUCAAGCAUCAGAGCACCUUCACCUUUGCUCGAACCCUUGUCAAAGCACUACUUCGUGUAGCUUUUCUCGUGCCGGCGAGAAUCACGUCUUUGACCCCUUCAUCAACGCCACUUCAUCUCUUGACAAUGGCCAAUCGUUCAUCCAUUGACUUGCUCUUGGAAGAAUCAUCGAUACUCUUUGAUCUCACAUGUACCAACAAGCUACCUAGCUUUUGGCUCAAAGCUCUCAAGGAACUUUUAUCGAUUAACCUUACCUAUCUUUAUAUCUAUCUUAUGUUGUCUUUGGGGUAUACCCUUUAUUGUGGUGCUUUAAACUUUGGGAAUUCAGUUUUCCUCUAUCUCUGUACUUGGUUUCUACAUUAAUGGAAUGAAAACAAGCUUUUGUUCAAAAAAAAAAAA